GAUACUUAGUUAGGCGCGAGUCGGAAGAAGGAAAAAAGAAAUUUGGUCUGCGAAAAGGCUGCGAUACUUACACACGGGAUGUGGAGUAGGUAGCAUCGGCUGGCAAGGAAUUGUUUUGAGAUACGGUAGGUACCUGUUAUCGAAGAUGCUGCUUGCCUAUCUCGCGGGUCGGGGUAGCGAGCAGAGUCCGACCAAUAAGUUUAUCUCCAUUUGGCGACUAUAACCGAACACAGCAGAGGCAACAAAAACGGUAACCGGCCACAUGAGUUACCUGCUUACCAACCAGGCGAUCAAUAAACAAGUGGUUAUGUGAUUGGAUUGGGCUGCGUAUUCGGCGUUAAGCAUCAUGUACGUGUAAGACAAGAUGAACAAGUCCUUAUAUAAGCGCGUGCAUAUGAGGGGGACCAGAGAGUCCCAGCCGCCAGGUUCCAAGUCUUCCAAGGUUCACAGUACCUAUCUCAAUCCUUUUCACCCAAGUUGAAAGCGAGGCAAAAUGUUUGACGCAGACCUAAAUGGAAAAGUCAUCUCGCCCUCGCGAAUGGCACACGUUGUGCUGCGGACGGCCCAAUUCAAGCCCAUGAUAGAGUUCUACAAGGCCGUUCUCGGGGCACACGUCGUGAUGGAGACGUCGGCCAUGGCCUUCCUCACCUACGACGACGAGCACCACCGCAUCGCCAUCAUCGCCAUCCCGGGGUGCGGCGCCACCGUGCCCAACACCGCCGGGCUAGAGCACAUCGCCUUCACGUACGACACGCUCGAGGACCUGCUGACCGCGUACCUGCAGCGAAAAGCGCGGGGGAUCCUGCCGAUCUGGUCCGUGAACCACGGGCCCACGAUGUCGCUGUACUACCAGGACCCCGACCGCAACAAGAUCGAGACGCAGGUGGACAUCUUCGACACCCCCGAGGAGGCAACCAAGAUUCUGACGAGCCCGGAGCUCCAAGACAACCCGUUCGGCGUCGACUUCGACCCGGAUGAUCUGAUCCGGCGGCUGAAGAAUGGCGAGCCCGAGGCCGAGCUGAUGAAGCUAGUGCACAUUGGUACUCGGGGCUUUGACUCUGUGCCGCUCGUCAAUACGCCGGCGCCCUUCGUCAAGGAUAGCUAUGAACCGAUUGAUACCGCUGCGUGACGUACGGGUGUGGAUAAGCAGGUUAAAUAAAGAGGCGGUUCGGAAAGUUUGCAAUACUUGCCUCCUAGUACCCAUGCAACAGAGUAGGGAGUGAAGUGCUCAUUACCCCUAUUGCGCAACCUCCGUGCAGUUUCCUAGGUACUCAACAUAGCCUAGGUACCUAACAUAAUAAAAGCAUCUUCCCUUCACCUAAGUAGGUACCUAGGUU